AUGCGAACCAACCUCAUCACCACAGGGCUGAAGGUGGAAAUGGCCCGUGAUACAACCCGACAUGUCAAAAAGACCCUGCCUCCAUCCUUGAGUGGGUUUCCCGGUAUGGCCGAAAUCGAGUAUUUCAUCAAGGCCACUGUCAUCAGACCCCAAUUCUAUAAAGAGAAUAUUCGUUCUAUCGUACCUUUGAACUUCCUCCCAAUCGAGCCACCAAGAACAGGGAAUCCCAAUGAGGAGACAUAUGCCAGGAGACAGCACCAAUUCUCUAAAGUGCCGAAUGCGCCAAGGAAGAAGAACAGUAUCUUCAAUCGAAAUACCAACCCAUUCCGCGAAAUGGAGACAGAGCCUCCUCGAGUCUCAGUGGAUGCUCGACUUCCAAAUCCCUCUAUUUUGACCUGCAACGAACCGGUUCCGCUCCGCCUGAUGGCUAAGAAGCUGUCAGAUUCCCCGGAGACUAUCUUCCUGCAAAUGCUGCAGAUUGAACUCAUCUCAUAUACUAAGAUUCUGGCACAUGACUUGACACGGCAGGAAAGCGGUUCAUGGGUUGUCAUGAGUCGUAGUAAUAUGGGGAUUGCCCUGGGACAACCAGGAGAUGCCGUUGGCACCGAAUGGACCAUCGAUCCAAAGUUGUGGAGUGCACUACCACUUCCUAAUUCGGUUGCGCCGUCCUUCGAGACAUGUAAUAUCGAGAGAAGCUACGAGUUGGAAGUACGAGUUGGGUUGACUCACGGCACUUACGGAAGUAUGAAGCCUCAGCUUAUCGUGCUCCCCUUGAGAAUGCCAAUCAAGGUCUACUCUGGAAUCGCACCUCCUCAGGCCCUCCUAGAUGCCAUGGCAGCUGCCGCACCACAACUAUCACCCUCCAAACCCACAUCUAAACCUUCCUGGCCUACAUCCAACGAAACUAGCCGACCCCCAAUGCCACCACGGCCAAGCACCGGCCCCGUACCAGCAGACGCAGGUGCAGCAUACGACGACGCACCCCCCAGCUACGAGGACGCAAUGGCAGAAAAUCUAAGCCCGGUAGAUGGACCACGCCGCGAGUAUCACCCACCAGCCGCCUCUUCCUCCCGAAGAACAGUGGAAUCUGGAACUGAUGCCAAAUCCCCAGUCCGAACGGGAAAGGCCCGUGACGACGGCCCCGCGGCUGAGGGUUCCUGGGCACCUCCAAGCCGCGAGGGCCGUUCUUCUUCCGAGUCCUUUGACAUGCUACCCACCACCCCGCCCGAGUCGCACUCUGGAUCCCCUCCCGCCUCGCCUGUCAGACGUUCUCAGAGCAUGAUGAAAGUCCCGCGGAAUCAGGCCAGCGAAGAAACUCCCCCGCAGUACCAGCUUGUCGCGGAGACGCAGCUACAGCCUCCGAAUGCGGUUGAGCGUCGACCUUCGCGGAAUAAUUUGCGGCCUAUGAAUUUGGGUGUUCCGACAAGGAAACCUGUACCGCAGAGUUCGAAUAGGCCGCAUUGA